ACGCGCCUGCGCACUGUGCACUGCGCGUCCCGGCCUGUCAGUUGCAGCCAGAUGGAAACGUAGGCACGAGAGUCUAGUGAGGUCAUGUGUUUUUAAGACGCACUACGGAAUAAAUCGCCAUUUACCGGCGAUACUAACCACCUCUCCGCUGCGUCGGCGCGUUUGCCCUUGUUUCGGACUCUGCCGGGGAACGCUAUUCUCACUUGGCCGGGGAGAGAACAUUUUUGGAUGCCCACAAAUCGUUAUUAGAAGAAUUCACCAUGAACAAAAAUAAAAGAGAAAGAGAGUUCUACAGUGUGGACGUUGGAGAUUCAACCUUCACUGUGCUGAAGCGGUACCAGAACUUGAGACCCAUCGGAUCUGGAGCUCAGGGAAUCGUCUGCUCUGCUUACGACCAAGUCCUGGAGAGGAAUGUCGCCAUCAAGAAGCUGAGUCGGCCAUUUCAGAAUCAGACCCACGCCAAGAGGGCGUUCAGAGAGCUAGUUCUAAUGAAAUGUGUCAAUCACAAAAAUAUCAUUGGCCUGUUAAACGUUUUCACGCCUCAGAAGUCGCUAGAAGAAUUUCAAGACGUAUACUUGGUGAUGGAGCUGAUGGAUGCCAACCUCUGCCAGGUCAUUCAGAUGGAACUGGACCAUGAGCGUCUGUCUUAUCUGCUCUAUCAGAUGUUGUGUGGCAUCAAACACCUCCACGCCGCCGGAAUCAUUCACAGGGACCUAAAACCCAGCAACAUAGUUGUGAAGUCGGAUUGCACUCUGAAGAUCCUGGACUUCGGCUUAGCGCGGACAGCGGCCACUGGCCUCCUGAUGACUCCCUAUGUGGUCACACGAUAUUACAGAGCUCCAGAAGUGAUCUUGGGCAUGGGCUACCAGGCCAACGUGGACAUUUGGUCUGUGGGCUGCAUUCUGGCUGAAAUGGUUCGACAUAAAAUCCUUUUUCCAGGACGGGACUACAUUGACCAGUGGAAUAAGGUCAUUGAGCAGUUGGGAACUCCAUCUCAGGAAUUUCUAAUGAAGCUAAACCAGUCUGUGAGAACAUAUGUAGAAAACAGGCCACGCUACGCUGGCUAUAGCUUCGAGAAGCUUUUCCCUGAUGUGCUGUUUCCAGCUGAUUCUGACCACAACAAACUGAAAGCGAGUCAGGCGCGAGAUCUGUUAUCUAAGAUGUUAGUAAUCGACGCCUCCAAGCGGAUUUCCGUGGACGAAGCCCUGCAGCACCCCUACAUUAAUGUUUGGUACGACCCAGCUGAAGUGGAGGCGCCUCCUCCAAAGAUUCUUGAAAAACAGCUGGACGAGAGGGAACACACAGUGGAGGAGUGGAAAGAGUUGAUCUACAAGGAAGUGAGUGAGUGGGAAGAGUGGACCAAGAACGGCGUGAUAAGAGGCCAGCCCUCUCCUUUAGGUGCAGCCGUGAUCGACAGCCCCCCUCAUCCCACCACCUCCUCCUCCUCCUCCUCCUCGGCCAACGACGUCUCCUCCAUGUCCACCGAGCCCACCGACCCCAGCAGUGACCCCACCAUGACCUCAGAAACAGACAGCAGUUUGGACAGCCACACCACCCUGGGUGCUCUGGCCUGCUGCAGAUAACACACACUUGCAUAUAAACACACUGACUUCCCCCGAUGAAAUCGCCGUAGGUGUUCAGCGGGACUCAGUCUCCCGUGUCCUGAACUGAGCUUUCGCUGUACAGUUUGUUUUCAACUGCCUCUAACCUGCUGUAAAUGAUUGUGGUUCGACUCAUGAUGACUGUAUUUUUGCUGUAAAGAAACAGAGUAUGUUUUGAUGUGAACCUGUGACGUGAGGAUGUGAAGAAAGAGAGAGCUACAUAUAGUUGUUUUUUAGUGGCGUCUGCAGAGUGGAUAACCAUUCUGCCUGAACAUUACUGGUCUAUUUUUUAUCUGUGUUGAUUUGUCUUCUCAAUUGUGCAGACAUUUGAAUGACUUCAGUAGAUAAUAGCACAUUUUCAUGUCAAAUCGAAGGGAUUAUUUUAAAAAUCUUUCUUGUAGAAAGUUUUUUUUUUUUUUUAACUGUUACAUCCCCAAUGAUUGUACGCAUUUUUACUGACCUGUUUUUUACCCACGUGUGUGUGUGGUUUGUCUGUUGGAUCAGAAUGUAAGCGGACGCAGGUGUGGCUUCAGUGCUGUGACUCCUCAGGAGUUGGAAUUGGAAAGUGGCUCCAAAAGGUGUUCACAGCACCAGUAAUCACAAACUUUCGUUUUGAUCUGAAUGAACAAUCAGACCGUAAAGGUGUUUGACCUUUGACCCACAGCCCUUUGACUAUUUAAUUUAAGUGUCCUUACUUGUUUCAGUCCUCUCUGUGGCGGAUGCUCCGACCUCCCAUGGUGCAUCUUUCUACCUCACAAACACACACACACACACACAAUUCAUUUCAAAUAAGUUCAACAAAAAGUACAUUUUCUGUAUUUAUUUAUUUAUUUUGGAGGCAUCUGUUGUAUGUAUGAUACAUGUCAUUCAGAAGUAUUAUUUAUUUUCUGUCAUGUGCAAUAUAACUCAUAGAUUAGAAUGGUCAGUGAACUGUACAUUUUACUCUAGGGUGUAUGUAUGUGUGAGCGUCUGGCAUUUACACACUGCUGUAGUAAGUUUUGGAUGUAUUAGUGGCUCAAAUCCCAACUUGUCUCUUCGCCCGAAUCAGUACCAGAAUGCACCGGGGCGACGGGACAUCUGUCCCGUGUGUCCCUGGCACCGACCUCCCGUCUUUGUGGUUCAAUUAGAUACGCUAGUCUAGUCCUACGCAUGGGGUUUCUCUGAGAACAUUUGCAGGCACAAGAAAAGGAAAAGCCAUUCAACACUACUGGAUGAUGCUCGUUCACACACAAAGUCCAACUGUGUUUUCUAAGGCCAGUUGUGUAAAUGAGGAUCUGACGUCACGUUACAAACGAUUAUUAUACACUGGAAAUGUCUACUUUCAACUUCAAAUAAAAAAGUUGACUUUUA